AUGAUUACUACACAGCGAAGUGAAAGUAUGAAUGCAUUUUUUGAUGGUUACGUGCACUCACAAACCACAUUGAAAGAAUUUGUUGAUGAAUAUGAUGAUGCUUUAAGGAGAAUGGUCGAGAGUGAGACACAUUCUGAUUUCGAUUCUUUCAAUUGUACAAUCCCAUGUAUAAGCGCCUUGCAGUUAGAGAAACAGUUUCAAGUUGUUUACACAAAUGCGAAGUUCAAAGAAGUACAUGGGCAGUUUGUGAAAAUGAUGUCUUGUAAUAACUCUAUUCUCAAAAGUGAAGGUGCGAUUUCUACCUUUGAAGUUAUUGACUAUGUUGCCGUUGAAGACCACUUAAUAGAAAAGACAUUUCUUGUUUACUUCAAUGAAGAUGAAUUGGAAGUGAAGUGCACAUGUGCAUUGUUUGAAGUAAGAGGCAUCUUAUGCAGGCAUUCACUUUCCGUGUUACGGACAAAGAAAGCGACAACUUUGCCGCAAAGAUAUUUUCUUGACAAAUGGAGGAAGGAUAUUAAGGGAGAGUACUCGAAGCAUAAGAGUAGUUAUGAUGCCAUUGGUGAUAAUCCUAAUGCCCAAAUACAUGACAAGUUGAGAAACAAUUUUAAAGAAUUACUAUCGCUCACAUCAGUAAACACGGAGAAACGUUGUAUGGAACUAAUGAAAAGAAUGGAUCAGUUAAAGGAGUUGUGGCGUUGCGAAAAUCAAUCUUCUCCUGGCAUUCCAGCUACUGUCGCAUCUUCUAGUUGUAAAAAUGUGCUUUGUCCUGUGAAGGUUACAUGUAAAGGGAGGCCACAAACAAAGAGAAAGGUGACUGAUAUAGAAACAGUGGUGAAGAAAUUCAAAGUAUCGAGCAAGCUACCAAGAAAUAACAAUACUAAAACGAAGAGACGAAAAAUUCAAGCCUCCAAAUCAACGGAAAAUCAAGACAACACUUGUCAAUCUCCAUUGCCUUCUGCAGCUCACGAUCAUAGUACUCAGUGUUUGUUUUUGCAAGAUUCCAUCGCUUCAUCAUCGAGAGUUGCUCACACCUUGGGUGGUCACCAUGAUUCUAUUCUUUUUCAGAGCUAA